GCUGACCUCACGGUUCUGCCGCUGUCCGCCCACCUCUCCCUGCACGGUGGGAUUAACCCCCCACCCCUAUCCUGGCCGAAUGAGAGGAGACACAGCAGUCACUGCCUCUCACCUAACGCUGAAACAGGAGGAAUCAUGGGCUCCUCUAGAAACCUCUGCUCUGCACUGGUUGUGAUAUUUUUGUUGGCGCUUCAGCAUUCCUCAGGAUUCUGGCUCUUAAACGUGGUUUUCCCCCCCACCGCUAAACCUCGAGUUGCAAGCAACCACACGCCACCAGUUAUCAUCGUGCCAGGGAACCUAGGGAAUCGUCUGGAAGCUAAAAUAGACAAGCCAACACUUGUCCACUGGAUGUGCUACAAGAAAACUGAAUAUUGGUUCUCGCUCUGGAUAGACCUGAACAUGUUCAUGCCCAUAGGCAUAGACUGCUGGAUUGACAACAUCAGAAUUGUUUACAACAGAACCACUCGACGGUCAUCCAACUCACCAGGGGUGGAGGUACGGGUGCCAGGAUUCGGGCAGACCUAUCCCAUAGAAUUCCUGGACUCUAACAGACUGGCUGGAUAUUUUCACACCAUGGUGCAACAUCUGGUGAACAUGGGCUACGUCCGCAAUGACACAGUCCGAGGGGCCCCGUAUGACUGGAGAUUAGCUCCCAAUGAGAACACAGAAUAUUUUUCCAAGUUGCAGGACCUGGUGGAGGUAAUGUAUGAGCAGUACCAGCAGCCUAUCUACCUACUGGGCCACAGCAUGGGCUGCCACUACGUCCUCUACUUCCUCAAUCACCAACCUCAGGCCUGGAAGGACAAAUACAUCCAAGGCUUCAUCUCCCUAGGGGCUCCCUGGGGAGGGGCUGUCAAACCUCUCAGGGUCAUGGCAUCAGGAGAAAACGAUGGCAUUCCUUUGAUCUCCAACAUCAAGAUCCGGGAAGAGCAGAGGAUGACGACAACCAAUCCAUGGAUGUUGCCUUCAGAGAAGGCCUGGCCCGAGGACAAUAUCUUCAUCUCCACACCAACCUUCAACUACACAAACCAGGACUACAAACGUUUCUUCACCGACAUACAUUUUGAGGAUGGCUGGAACAUGUGGGAAGACACCAAGAACCUUACUGCUGAUCUGAAACCGCCUGGUGUUGAAGUGUGGUGUAUGUAUGGCGUGGGGCUGCCAACUCCAGUAACAUAUAUUUAUGACGAGGGGUUUCCCAAUGCUGACCCCGUGGACUUUGUUUAUGCUGAUGGGGAUGACACAGUAGAUAGUUUUAGUAUGAGCCUGUGUAAACGCUGGGUGGGCCAGCAGGAGAAGCCAGUCCACGUGACAGAGUUCAGAGGGUUGGCCCAUCUAGAUAUUGUGUUCCACCAUGAGGUGCUCAACCAAAUCCAGCACAUCCUGGAAGACCAAUCAAGCACCCCACAAGAAGUUGAUUGCAGACAUGGAAAAAAUAGUAAAUAAAUGCGUUUCAAGGAGCAAAACACAAGAAGGGCUUAUGUUGCUGGCAACACAUUUGAGGCUAGGGUCAAGCGAUGAAUUAAAAACACCUCAAAUAGCUCUAACAUAUUAAAGCUGCGCUAUUGUCGAGGUUUUAGUAGAACCUCUGCACAACCAAGUUGAGUACAGCCCAGCCAGUCCCAUGCUUCUUUAGGCUAGGAACUGACCUUGCUCGUGUUACUUGUUCCAUCACUUUUACCUUUUAUAUGGGUGAACCUGGCCUGUCACACUAGCUCAUUAAUUGCAGCCUUUUAAAUGUAGAAAUGUGAACUUGACUGUAUUUCACAAAUAUUAUAUACUUUGAUGUAUGUUCUUUAUAUUUAAUAAAAGGACUAAUAAUGAUGAGAGAAGAAAAACAAGAGAAACAUUAAAA